CAGGUGUUACACAACCGGUGCGCGCGGGCCGAGCCUUUGACCCAGAGUUCAGGUCGUCUUCACGGCGGUUCUUUGAACCGGCCAAGCCCAGGAUCGAGCCGAAGCAAACCGGCGACCCCUUGGAAGUAUUGGUGCGGGGAGGAGAGAAAGGGGUGAGUUCCUUAUAUAGAAGUUCCCGCCACCGUUCCGUGGGAUCGAGCUCGAAUCGAUUCAAAAAUCCAAUCCACCCUCUUCCCCUUCCUCAGAUAGCUGAUCCUGGAACUGGUGUUCAUACAGGAUAUGAUGAAGGUGUAAGUGCUGCCCAGACAUGGGAGAUUCAUCAAUGGAGGACACCAGCAGUACACUCCGAGUGCUCAUAGCAACUGACUGUCAUUUGGGUUAUAUGGAGAAAGAUGAGAUUCGCAGGUUUGAUUCAUUUCAGGCAUUUGAGGAGAUUUGCUCAAUAGCUGAGCAAAAGCAGGUAGAUUUCUUGCUUCUUGGUGGUGACCUGUUCCAUGAGAAUAAGCCUUCAAGAUCGACCUUAGUGAAGACUAUUGAGAUCCUAAGGCGCUAUUGCCUCAAUGACAAUCCGGUGCAGUUCCAAGUUGUCAGUGAUCAGACAAUGAACUUCCAAAACAUAUUUGGUCAUGUAAACUAUGAAGACCCACACUUCAAUGUUGGCUUACCUGUUUUCACUAUUCACGGGAAUCAUGAUGAUCCUGCUGGAGUGGAUAAUCUUUCUGCCAUUGACAUUCUCUCUACAUGUAACCUUGUGAACUAUUUUGGUAAAAUGGUGCUUGGCGGUUCUGGUGUUGGUCAAAUAACACUGUAUCCUAUACUUAUUAGAAAGGGUACAACUUCGUUGGCUUUAUAUGGUCUUGGAAACAUUAGAGAUGAACGGCUUAACAGAAUGUUUCAGACACCACAUGCAGUACAGUGGAUGCGACCUCAGGCCCAAGAAGGAUGUCCAGUAUCAGAUUGGUUCAACAUUCUGGUUCUUCAUCAGAACAGAAUCAAGACAAAUCCCAAAAAUGCAAUAAAUGAACAUUUCUUACCACGGUUCCUAGACUUCAUAGUUUGGGGGCACGAACAUGAAUGCCUUAUUGAUCCACAGGAGGUUCCUGGGAUGGGCUUUCAUAUUACUCAGCCAGGCUCUUCCGUUGCAACAUCACUGAUUGAUGGAGAAGCAAAGCCUAAGCAUGUACUGCUUUUGGAAAUUAAGGGCAGUCAGUACAGACCUACAAAAAUACCUUUAAAGUCGGUGAGGCCUUUCGAGUAUGCUGAGGUUGUGUUAAAGGAUGAACCUGAUAUUGAUCCUAAUGAUCAAGCAUCUGUUCUUGAACAUUUGGACAAAAUUGUUAGAAAUCUGAUCGAGAAAAGUAGGAAAGCAUCUGUCAGCAGGUCAGAGCUUAAACUCCCAUUAGUCAGAAUAAAGGUUGAUUAUUCUGGGUUUUCAACAAUCAACCCUCAGAGGUUUGGCCAGAAGUAUGUGGGGAAGGUUGCUAAUCCACAAGACAUUCUCAUUUUCACAAAGGCUGCAAAGAAACGCCAAUCUGUUGAAGACAAGAUUGAUGAUUCUGAAAGGCUUCGUCCAGAGGAACUGAAUCAACAAAACAUUGAGGCUCUGGUCGCUGAAAAUAACUUGAAAAUGGAGAUCCUUCCGGUUAAUGAUUUGGAUAUUGCCUUACACGACUUUGUGAACAAAGAUGACAAAAUGGCUUUCUACUCUUGCUUGCAGUACAAUCUUGAUGAAACACGAAAUAAAUUGAGCAGUGAAGCAGAUAAACUGAAGAUUGAAGAAGAAGAUAUAAUACUUAAAGUAGGCAAGUGCAUUGAGGAACGUGUAAAAGAAAGGUCAUUACGUUCUAAGGAAAACAUGAGAAUAACCUCCAGCUCACAAAACUUACAGGAUAAUAGAGGCAGAAUUACAAGUGGUUCUACUAGCGUGAAUUCGUUCAGUGAUGAAGAGGAUACAAGGCAGAUGCUUUCAAUUUCAAAAGCUGCUGGCCGAGGAAGGAAAGUAUUAUCUGGAGCUUCUAGGGCCUCCCAUGAUGCUUCUGACCCUGGCAAAAGUGGAUCUUCAAGGAGAGGCAGGGGAAGAGACUCUAGCAGUCUAAAGCAGAUGACGCUUGAUGCAACAAUGAAAAUCCGCCAGUCAGAGAGAUCAGCAUCAGCCUCUGCAUCAGCUGCAGUUCGAAGUAUUGUGGCGGAAGAGGUGGAAUUUCCUUCAAGUGAAGAGACAGAAAGAUAUGAAAUAAAUGAAGUUGCUGAUAGUUCUGAGCCUGAGGCAACUUUUAAAGAUAAGGGGCGAAAAAGAGCUGCACCUAGGGGUAGGGGAAGAGGUUCUACAUCAUCUGCAAAGAGGGGACGGAAGUCAGAUGUUUCUUCCAUCCAUAGCAUGCUUAUGAAUAGGGAUGACGACGAUGAUGAUGAUGACAUGCCGAACAGAUUAAAGAAAGCUCAACCUCGGGUAACUAGAAAUUAUGGAGCCAUCCGAAAGCGGCCAUAAGGGUGAUCUUCUAAAGUACAGUGAUAGCUCAUGUUUUUUGAAGAACAUCAUUAUACUAAAAUCAACCCUUGUAUAUGGCAUGUAAACGUUGUUUCAGUAUUACUGGCUUUUGUUGGAAGUCAUAAUGAGUUCUAUAUAUUAUCUUGUAAUUUGUAAUACUAGCAGUGGCUUUGUUUGUUGUCUUUGAAAUCUGGCUUCAUCUGCUCUUUUGAGGUUUCCCAUUUCCCUGUUGAGCAAGAAUGUUUUCUUCACUGUGGGUAAAGUUGUCUUGUGACGAACAACCUCUUCAUCUUUAUAAGCA